AUGGACAGUAAAGUUCAUUUAGGAAACUCAAGGUCGCUUGAAGCUGCGGCUCUUGUUCCGUUGAACAAUAAGCUUUGUACAAUCCAUAACAACAUGAGCAUGAGUCUUGUCGAUGUCUCGAAUCCCGACAAAAACAACCCUCGAGUGUGGGAAAACAUUGCCGUUAAAGGACAGUCUAAGAGCCUUCUCAGUAAUAUAUGGUCGAGUAUUGCAGGAAGAGCUUUCAAAAGCCAUAUUGUUCAUUGCCAAGUGCUUCAAGCUUAA